AUAAAAGAAGAAGAAAGGUCCAUAAGAGAAUAAACCAUCAAAGUAUGAAUAGAAUAGAACAAUAUAUACCUAAAAAGUAGUUUUGGUUUAGCUAAAUUAAUUCCCAACCUAAAAGGCUAAAAGGGUCCAUUUUUUGAAUGUGACUUUUAUAUAAAUCCAUUUGAGAUCAUAAAUUCAUAAAUAAAAAUAUCUAUAUAUAAAUAUACCUUUGUUUAUUAGUCAUAAACAAACACAUAACACUUUUUCUUCUUCUUCUUUUUUCUUCUCUAAAUCUAAAUCUAAAUCUAUAGACACUAAAAGAUGGUUGCAGUGUUUAACAAAGAGCUAUUGAGUUGGUACUUAAUAACUCUCAAACUUAGAGAAACUGUAGAAUCUGGUGUCACAACAUCAACAACAGCAACAACACCAAACUCAUCAAAAGCUAUUGAGUUAUUUUCUCAUCAAAAUUCAGUCCAAAAACAGGAGCAAAAACCAAGUGAAUCACUCCAAGUUGUGUUGAAAAAUGAAGAUGGUGAUGAUGUUGAUCAUAACAUUGAAGAAGGGCUUAAAUCACCAGACUCUGAAUGGGUGAUUUCAAUCAUAGAAAAGCUUGAACAAGCACAACAAGAUGACUUUGUUGGUUCAUGGGCAAAACUAUGUAUUUACAAAGUUCCACACUACUUAAGAGAAGGAGAUGACAAAGCUUAUUUCCCACAAAUUGUGUCAUUGGGUCCUUACCAUCAUGGCAAGAGACGCCUUCGCCAAAUGGAUCGCCACAAGUGGCGAUCGCUUCAUCAAUGCCUUAAGAGAACAAACCAAGACAUAAAAUUGUACCUUGAUUCAAUCAAAGAGGUUGAAGAAAAGACUAGAGCUUGUUAUGAAGGUACAAUCACUCUUAGUAGUAAUGAGUUUGUUGAGAUGAUGGUACUUGAUGGUUGUUUUGUUCUUGAGCUUUUUCGGGGUGCUGCUGGUGGUUUUAAGCAUCUUGGUUAUCCUAGAAAUGAUCCAAUCUUUGCUAUGCGUGGCUCCAUGCAUUCCAUUCAAAGGGAUAUGAUCAUGCUUGAGAAUCAACUUCCACUUUUCAUACUUGAAAGAUUGUUGGGCCUUCAACUUGGUCAUGAUUGUCUUGAUCAUAAAGGACUAAUUUCGAAAUUGACUUUGCAAUUCUUUGACCCUUUAAUGCCAACAGAUGAGCCAUUGUCUAAGAGUGAUAGAACCAAGCUUGAAUCAUCUAUGGGACACAACAACAACAACAACAACAACAGCAACAGUGGCGGUCUGCAUUGUCUCGAUGUAUUUCGAAGAAGUCUGUUGCGAAGAGGGCCUCAACCCGAGCCUCGAGUUUGGAUGAAACGCUGGUCUCAUGCUCACCGAGUUGCAGACAAGAGAAGACAACAAUUGAUACAUUGUGUCACUGAACUAAGAGAAGCUGGUGUCAAAUUCAAGAAAAGAAAAACAGAUCGAUUUUGGGACAUCAAAUUCAAGAAUGGGAUUCUUGAAAUUCCUAGACUUCUAAUACAUGAUGGAACAAAAUCACUCUUCCUAAACCUCAUUGCCUAUGAACAAUGUCAUUUCGAUUCAGGUAAUGACAUUACUUCUUAUGUGAUUUUCAUGGACAACUUGAUCAACUCACCUGAAGAUGUUGGUUACUUACAUUAUUGUGGGAUCAUAGAACAUUGGUUGGGGAGUGAUUCUGAGGUUUCUGAUUUGUUCAAUAGGCUUUGUCAAGAAGUGGUUUUUGACAUAAAUGACAGUUAUCUUUCGAGGUUGUCUGCUGAUGUAAAUAAGUACUAUAAUCAUAGAUGGAAUGCUUGGAGAGCUAGCUUGAGACAUAACUAUUUUAGUAAUCCUUGGGCUAUAAUUUCAUUUGUUGCAGCUGUUGUGUUGUUGUUACUUACUUUUGCUCAAACAUUUUAUGGUGUUUAUAGCUUUUAUAACCCACCAAAUUAACUAAAGAUGUUUUUUU